UAUCUGAUUUUCCGAUCACAAUUCACAACUCCCUCCCUCCCUCCCUCCCUCCUUCCCUCCUUCCAUCCCUCCAAUGGCCAAGCCCAUCGUCGACGCCGAGUACCUCAAGGAGAUCGAGAAAGCUCGUCGCGACCUCCGCGCUUUAAUCUCCAGCAAGAACUGUGCCCCUAUUAUGCUUCGCUUAGCAUGGCACGACGCUGGAACCUAUGAUGCUAAGACAAAGACUGGAGGACCAAACGGUUCAAUCAGAAAUGAGGAGGAAUAUAGCCACGGCGCCAAUAAUGGCUUGAAAAUAGCUUUAGAUUUUUGCGAGGCAGUAAAGUCUAAACAUCCAAAGAUUACAUAUGCAGACUUAUACCAGCUUGCAGGUUAUGUUGCUGUUGAGGUCACUGGUGGUCCCUCCAUUGAUUUUGUUCCUGGCAGGAAGGACUCAAAGGUUUCUCCAAAGGAAGGACGGCUUCCAGAUGCUAAGCAAGGUGUGCCACAUUUGAAGGAGGUCUUUUAUCGCAUGGGUUUGUCUAAUAGAGAUAUUGUAGCUCUAUCAGGAGGUCACACGCUGGGAAGGGCACAUCCAGAGAGAUCUGGUUUUGAUGGUCCAUGGACAAAGGAGCCACUGAAAUUUGACAACUCUUACUUUGUGGAACUGCUUAAUGAUGAAAGUGAAGGCCUGCUAAAGCUUCCCACUGACAAAGCUUUAUUGGACGAUCCUGAGUUUCGUCGUUAUGUUGAGCUGUAUGCUAAGGAUGAAGAAGCCUUCUUUAAGGAUUAUGCUACGUCACACAAGAAACUGUCUGAGCUUGGAUUUACUCCUACCAGUCCCAAGACCGUGAAGGACAGCACUGUAUUGGUGCAAAGUGCUGUCGGGGUUGCUGUUGCUGCUGCAGUUGUGGUAUUGAGUUACAUGUAUGAAGUUCGAAAGAGGAGCAAAUAGAUGAUGGAUGUCAUAUUUCUACUGCAAGGAAGACCUUGGGUUUGCUGCAUCUAUCUAUUUAAGUUUCUAGACCUGAUAUUCAAAAUAACACCCUGCAACUUCAGGUGUUAACUAGAUGAACCUUCUACUAAUACAUAAUAAUUAGCGGACUGUUUGUUCAUGGAUCGUGUAUUGUAUGUAAAACGCGGUUAUAAUAUGCAUUGAAUACACAUAAUAAACAAUACAUUUUAUGUAAAGCACCAAUUUACUACGUGCUAAAGGUCCCUAUGAAGUUGACCUUUAUUUCCUUAAUUAUAAUUCAUCAACAUUAAUAA